AUAUAUAUUGUGCGCUGUUACUGAUGAGAUAUGAGACAGAGACUAGCGCAGCUGAAAUACAGUGGUGCAGGUAUAGACAGAAGAUGUUCGCCACGCUGUUGUUCGUUUUGAUGUUCGCGCUGACUGCUGGGAAAGCGAGAAGAUGCCAACUUGGGUUUAUCAACCUUGGUCGAGGAUGCUACCUGUUUUCGCAUAACCAUGCCACCUACGCUGAUGCUAAUUCCUUCUGCCUGUUCUUCGGGAGUCACUUGGCCGACAUCGCCAGCAAGAAUGAAGAUGACUUGAUCAGGAGCUACCUUUUCAGGCAUGGCAAAGGCUCUCAAUUCUACAUCGGCGCCACUGACCUGAGAUCAGAGGGCAUCUGGACUUGGGAGCACCCCCUGAGGAAGGUAGUGGGCUACACCGGCUGGCACUCAGGGGAACCCAAUAACGGAGGGGGUAAAGAGCAUUGCAUGGGGAUGUAUUUGAAGCAAACAUACAAAUGGAAUGACACUCCCUGCAAUUCGGAGUUGCCUUUCAUUUGUGAACAAUCUCGUAUUUGAUUUUGUCAUAUAUGCACGAGGAAACUGCAAAAGGCAGUUAUUGUGUCUUACUGAAUACAAACGUCAAACGUCUAAA